AUGGUGGUGCUGCCCACUCUUCCGAUGAUCGCCAUCUUCCUCGUCCUUCUCCCUCUCCAAGCACUGUGUCAGGACCCCUCUACUGUCAUAGUUAUCGGAACCACCGUCACGCAGACGUUUACUGCAGCCGCCUCCACGACGCCCCUCUCCCCCCAAUACACAGACUCUCUCACCUUCCGAGAGUCCAUCCUCAACUCAACGAAUUUCUACCGCUACGAGCACUCUGCCGGGUACAUAUACUGGAACGAGACUCUUGCGUCGUAUGCGCAGAGCUACUCUGAAAACUGCGUGUGGGCACACUCGCACGGGCCGUAUGGGGAGAAUCUGGCAAGAGGAUAUCCCGACGUGGUUUCGGCCGUGGACGCCUGGGGGAAUGAACGGGCGCUGUACAAUUUCUCCAACACCGACCCGACCGGGUUUACGGAGGAGACGGGCCAUUUCACCCAGCUCGUAUGGCAGAGCACGCAGGCGACAGGGUGUGGUUGGACGAAUUGCAACGGCAAGAACGGCUUGGACGGUAUAUACUUGGUCUGUGAGUACUGGCCGGCGGGGAACGUCGUCGGCGACGACAAUUUCUUCUUCAUCACCAACGUCGACGCCGAACGGAGCAGUGGGGAUAGCGGUUUCGACGAGCUGAGCGCCACAAUGGGUGCAACGGGCGGGACGCCGACCGCGACCUCAACUUCCAAUCCACCCGUGGCCACGGCGAGCGUGACGGGGCAGUCCAUCGGGGCUCCGACCGUGGACAUGGACAGACGAAGCCUGCUCGUGACUGUGUGUGUGACGCUGGCCGCCGUGUUGUUCGGACUGGGGAUGUCCUGA